AAUACAGUUUCCGGCUUGUCACUUCCACCCAACGGUACCAACAAUGUUAAAAUUGCAGCGUACAUACAUGGGGGAAAAUCGGGGCUUUGAAACAUGUCAUGGUUCACCCAGGAAGGCGACGAUAACCCACAAAGUUGUUUCAUGGUCGGUCAGUUAUACAAAUGACAGCAGUAAAUAAGGUGAUUCGGCAGGAAAACAGAACACCGACUGAGAGUGAGACAAUGAUCUAGCAGCAUGAUUAAACGGAUCAAGCAGAACAUUUUUGCGAAAUACCAUGACAGAGAUGAUGAGUCUAGGUACAAGACAAGACCCAUGAAAAUCCCUGUCCAUCCAUUGACACUCUCACCAAGUAAGGCAUGGAAACAGCUGAAAACUGAGAGGAGAGUUGAAAAGCUGAAACCUUUGUUUCCAUAUCCUCCAAUCCAAAAAGACUGCAUCCGCUUUGUUUGUAUUGGCGACACCCACAUGAGACAUGAGGAGCGGAACAGCGACCUGUCUGCUGUGAUCCCCCCAGGUGAUGUACUCCUCCAUGUUGGCGACUUCACGAUGUAUGGCAACACAGAAGAAGUCGACCGUUUCAACCAAUAUUAUGGUUCUCUUCCCCACAAAGUGAAACUGCUGAUCGCAGGUAACCAUGAUGGCUGUCUUGACCCGGUCAGUAGCUCUGCGGAAACAGUCCAGAAGAGUCGCGACCUGCUCACCAACUUCACCUACCUCCAGGACGCCAUGGUGGAAGUGUAUGGGAUCAAGAUAUAUGGCGCACCGUGGGUCCCUAAAAAUGGGUUAUGUCAGAGUAAUGCCUUCACUCUUCCCCGUGGGAUACCGUUACUCCGACGAUGGAACCUCAUUCCAGAGGAUACCGAUAUUCUGAUGACACAUGGCCCACCAGUGGGCUAUGGAGACACGCUACACAAUGGCCGCCCAGCUGGAUGCGUUGAUUUGCUCAACACUGUAUGGAACCGAGUGCGGCCCAAGUACCACGUGUGUGGGCAUAUACAUGAAGGCUAUGGAGCCUACACAGAUGGACAAACAGAGUUCAUCAACGCAGCAAUGUGUUCAAAGGGUUAUCGUCCAAUCCAGAACCCGAUCAUAUUUGAUAUCCCAGUACCAAAAGGGCAUUCCAAGGAUGAACUUGUUGAUCUGUCUGUUAUUGAGAUGGUGCUUCCAAUACCACCUCACGAGUCUGAAGCAACAGCUGAAGGAGAUAAACUGACAGAGAGCAAGGUGGCUGAAGAGAGGCAAGAUGGGAAUCAGAAGGGAACAGAAGUGAUGUUGGAUAACAAGAAGGCUGCAGAGGUGAGGCAAGAUGGGAAUAACAAGGCAACAGAAGGGAUGUUGGAUAGCAAGAAGGCUGCAGAAGUGAGGCGAGAUGGGAAUAACAAGGCAACAGAAGGGAUGUUGGAUAGCAAGACAGCUGCAGAGGUGAGGCAAGAUGGGAAUAACAAGGCAACAGAAGGGAUGUUGGAUAGCAAGACAGCUGCAGAAGUGAGGCGAGAUGACAACCACAAGGCAGCUUAUUUCAUGGCAUGAGCACAAAGGCUACAUGAGGAGCAGCUGCUUGAAGCAGAAGAGUGAGUGAGUGAGUUGGGUUUAACACCGCUUUUAACAGUAUUACAGUUAUAUCGCGGCGUGUCAGCAG